CGACAUCACAGCCUGUUGCUGCUGCUUUGUUUGUGUGUCUGACAUCAGAUGCUGCUGAUUCAGUGUGUGUUUGUGUGUGUGUGUGUCUCUGUGUCUGUGUGUGUGAGGGAGAGAACAUGGUCUAAGGCUCAGACACAAACAGAAGACAGGGAACGAAGAAAAACAGCAAAUCCUCCCACCACCACCCCCCCUUCCUCUCUGGGCUCGGCCAUUUGGCCGUCAGACCGACCUCAGAGGGGGAGAGAGAGGAAAAGAAGAGGGGAGCGAGUCAGAAAUAAAGACGGGAAGAAAAGAGAGAGAGAGAGAGACGAGAAAAAGAAGAGAGGAGCAGCCAGGGUGAGGAGGGGGAGGAAGAGGAAUGAGUGUGUGAUGAAAAGAAAGAUAAGUGGCAAAGUGAGGGAAUGUAAAUAAGAGAGAGAGGGAGAUAGGAGAGGGGGAGAGAGAGAGAGGGAGGGGGGGGGAGAGAGAGAGGCAGCAAAGAAGGGAAAGAGAGAAGUAGAAAACAGGGGGAGUUGUUAGAGAUCGUAAAACUCCACAGCUGUGAACACUGCAGUCACACACACAGACACACACACAUUGUGAUAGAGUGGGACAGAAAGCUGGACGUCAGGGCAGCGAUGGGCUGUGAGCAUGGAGACUCCCAUUGACUUCUACAGACACUUCUCCUGGCUCAAAAAGGUGAACUUGUGUUCUCCAGUCAGCAAUGAAACCUACCAGGACCGACUGCUCCGCCUAGAGGGGGACAAGGAGUCUCUGGUGCUGCAGGUGAGCGUCCUGACCGACCAGGUGGAGGCGCAGGGCGAGAAAAUCCGAGACCUAGAAAGUUCUCUGGAGGAACACCGGCAGAAACUGGCCUCCACUGAGGAGAUGCUGCAACAGGAGCUGAUCAGCAGGACGUCUCUGGAGACUCAGAAGCUGGAUCUGAUGGACGAGGUGUCCUGCCUCAAACUGAAGCUGGUCGGCAUGGAGGACACGCACACAGACACACAACCGCAAGAUGCUGUGGACACAAAGCAGAACAAAGCCGAGUGUGUGGUAAAUCUCAUCAGUGAGCUCCAGGAGCAGAUGUGCAGGUUUCAGGCAGAGAUCAGCACUCGCAUCCAGGAGAAACGGGCCCUGGAGGAGCGGGAGGCCCAGCAGGGGGAGCCCAGAGGCAGCGAAGCCCAGGGCCAGGACCCUCAGCCGGGGUUAGCCGGCUCUGACCUCAGCCUGCCCGGCCCUGACGCCUGGAUGCACAAUGGAGGACAGACUGUACACGAUUUGUUACGAGAAGUGAAUCAGCUGAAAAACAAAGUGGACGAGCUGGAAGGAGAGAAGAGUCGAUACGAGAAAAAACUCCGAGCGACGAAGCUCUCUAUCUCUUACUCUCUCCAUGUGUGUUACCAGUCGCUCAUGACCCAGCUGUCCAGCCUCAAGCUGACUGUCGAGCACACGCAGCUGGAGAAGCAGCACUGGGAGGAGCGCUGGCGCGGCGCACAGGCUGAGAUCUCCGAGCUGCAGCAGCUCUUGGCCUCCAGAGACGCAGAGAUCGAGUGCCUGCAGACUCAGCUGCUCGCCAGAGACGGCUCGGCCAACGACAACGCAGAGAGAGAGGAGGUGUAUAUCAAGCAGCUGAUUAACAAAUACCAGGAAUACCAGAGGCUGAAGGUGGGGAUGGAGUCUCUGUUGGCGUCAAAUGAUGAGAAGGAUCGUCGUAUAGAGGAGCUGACGAUUCUCCUCAGCCAGUACAGGAAGAUGAGGGAGGUCCUCGCUCUCACUCAGGGGAGCAGUGAGGAGGAGCUGAGCGGCACUUUGAAGCUCAGAGCCAUCACACACAAAGCUCACUCUGACAUCCUCCGGUCGGAGAUCUCAUCAAGAGGAUCUUCUCCACUGAUGUUAUCGUCCUCACCGUACCAGAGAGAACUGGACUUAAGCCUCCAAAACUCAAUGGACGCAUCGUUGGUGUCGACCGCAGAUACAAGCUUCUUCAACGGUUCCUGGCAUCAGCGCAGGUUGUUGUCCAGCAGCCUGGAGGAGCUGCAGAGUGGAUCCUUACAAAAGGCUGUAGAGAUCCAACCUGCUGAGAGUGAAUCAGAUGUAGGGGCAGAGAAUCCUGACCUGGAGCUGAGCAAGUAUCAGACUCUACCUGGAAAGCGAAGUAAAAAGAGCGAGCGGAGACCUGAGAUGAACGGAGACGGAGAAUACUCGUCUCCCGUGCAGCUCUCUCCUGUUCACAGCCCCGAGCAGGACUACAGGCUGAUCCGCUGCAGGAGUGCCAGUGCUCCGGCUUUAGGAUCUCCUGGGAAACACGACCUCUAUGAUGUCGGACAUCCAGACAAGCUGGACGAGUUCGUCCUCUCAGACCAGUCCCCUCUGUCCUCCGGAGUGGACUCUGGACAACAGUCGCCGGUCUCACCGGAGAACAGGAAGAGUCACAGAGGCAUUAAGAAGCUCUGGGGGAAGAUCCGCCGCAGCCAAUCAGGAAGCCCCGUCCAGGUUCAGGACCCGGAGCUGGGAGAGUUUAAGAGAGGAGGCUUCAGAGCCACAGCUGGACCACGACUGGCCCGGUCAGGGAACACACGAGACCUGAAGUUGCCUUUCUCCAAGUGGAGCACAGAUCAGGUGUGUGAUUGGCUCGAGGACAUUGGACUCGGCCAGUACGCCGUCUUUGCUCGCCACUGGGUCACCGGCGGUCAGACUCUCCUGUCGGCCACCCCACAGGACCUGGAGAAGGAGAUGGCGAUGAAGAAUCCUCUCCACAGGAAGAAGCUGCUUUUGGCCGUCAAGACGUUCAGCAGCAAGCAGCCGGAGAAGUCCGCGGACCUCGAUUACAUCUGGGUCACACGUUGGCUCGACGACAUCGGCCUCCCUCAGUACAAGGAUCAGUUCAAUGAAGGACGAGUGGACGGACAGAUGCUGCAGUUCCUCACCGUGAACGACUUAUUAUUCCUCAAAGUGACGAGUCAGCUCCAUCACCUCAGCGUCAAGUGUGCGAUUCACGUUCUCCACGUCAACAAGUUCAACGCCAACUGCCUCAAGCGAAGGCCAGGCACCGAGAACCAGUUCUCUCCCAGUGAAGUCGUCCAGUGGUCCAACCACCGGGUCAUGGAGUGGCUGAGAUCCGUGGACCUGGCGGAGUACGCUCCGAACCUGAGGGGCAGCGGCGUGCACGGAGGGCUCAUAAUGCUGGAGCCUCGCUUUAACUCCGACACGCUGGCCCUGUUACUGAACAUCCCUCCUCAGAAGACGCUGCUGAGACGCCACCUCACCACCAACUUCGACAACCUGGUGGGAGGCCAGGCGCAGCAGGAGAAGAGGGAGUACACGGAGGCGGCGGGCUGCGCCCCCCUCAGCAUCGCGGCUAAAGUGAAGCCAAAGAAGUUGGGUUUCUCGAACCUGACUCACCUCAGGAGGAGACGAGCGGACGAGUCCACGGAUUACGUCUGUCCCAUCGAGUCGCCCUCGCCCCAGUCGGGACAGCCCGUGGCGAACGGGACACAGAUGCGCCCGUACUCCGGCUUCAGGGGCCUGAGCCCCAUCCUGGACCGGGAGCCGGACCAGUCCAGGGACCAGGUGGGGCUCGACGACAGCAGGGCUCUCCCAUCUCCAUGACAACACCCGUGAUGACAACAUGGCGAUAUUGUGUCGACACCACGGACAGCUAUGUUGUCACGCUUUCCGCCAAUCGGCUUCUACUCUGCUUCCUUUGCUUGCGGCCCAUAAUACCUCAGCUCAUCCGCUCCCUGCUCCUUCAGACCCCCCUCCCUCAUCAGCCCGACCCUGUGCCUUACUCCCGAAGAGAUUCACAGACUGUGUCACGGUCACGGCCGCUCGUCGUGACGUGUGCACCGAGACGAUGAAUCUGGCGCACACUGCGUUUGGAUGAUUUCAUUUCCCCUCAGAUAACUGACUAACCCGACCUCAGCCUCCAACCUGUGCCACGAUCGAAUUCAUCGGGAGAGAGCGCCCCUCUCUCUGGACUCGUCCUGUGACAUCACUUCCUGUAACCCACACAGUAUAUACGGACAACUCCUGUUGUACAGUAUUAAAUUCUAACAUGUGUGCACCACCUCUAGGGGAUUUUUAACUGUGUGCGAGCCAUCACAUCACUUCCACCUUUUGUAUCCUGCAGUUUGAAUACAGGUCUGUCACAUGGCUGAGAUUAACUCGUGCAAUAUUUGCAUAAUCUUACAAAUGGAGGGAUUUUAUUUAAUAUUUAUGUGAUUGCAGAUCCAGUUAUGAAACAGCAUGUUUUCUUUGAAACCUGAGGUGGUGAUUUUGUACCGUUAUUUUCAUAUUUGACUGUAAUAGUAUUUUUAUAGUAAAGAAAAAUCCUGCUCUGCUAAAGGAAGCUCACGUGUGCUCAUGUAAAUGUCAAAAAGAAAUUAUCAAAUCAUUUAAUAAACAAAAAUUAUACGUGUGUAAA